AUGAUGAUAUAUCGAGCAAAUGAUUACAAAAUUAAAUGGUUAUUAUGCGGUUUACUGUUAGGAACAGUCACGACCCUUUUUCUACCUAAGCUACUACUGACAAACCAAGGCGCAGUGAACACAAAUCUUGAAUAUCCGAACACGAAUACCGAACGUCGAUUUGCUCAAUACUCAAAGUGGCCGAUAUUCUUGUCUGAUCUGUCCUAUGACAUCAAUGCGUGGCGCUCACGCUGUUGGCUGAACCAAAAGAUCUUACCGACUGAAAACUCCGAUCAAUAUUACAAGACUAAUUAUACGAAGUAUUCAGUUUGUCAGAAGGUCAUUGGUGAGAUAAAAUCUAUCUAUGAUAUCAAAACAAAAGUCGCAGAAGUACAAUAUCCAUCGGCGUUUGCAGAAAAAAUAAAAAAAAUUUUUAACAAUGACGAAGAUCUGUAUGCUAAAGCACUGAAACAGGAACUUCAUUUUGUAAUUAACAAGUAUUCAUUUGAACAUACAGUUUACAAUCCACUCCGUGGCCGUCGUCCUGUACAACGACCUGAAGUACCGAUAGAUCAAUAUCUCAAAGAAACCAUGAACAAAACUAGUCAAUCUUGCGAUUUAUGUAAUUAUCAAAACAUGACAGCGAUGGAUAGUCUUGGUCGAAUGGAGAACCGGCAUGCUUAUUCAGCUGCUAAUGCAUUUAAAUUCGAUCAAUGGCAUUCGAUGUUCAUGCCACGACAACACGAUGUCACCAAGCUCACUUUCGACCAACUAAAAGAUGUGUACACAUUAGCAUGGAAAUGGAUUCUUGCUGUUCAUAAACAGUCACCUGCUCAUCGUUUUCCUACAUUACUUUGGGAUAGUCUUCCACACGGAGGAGCCUCACAAGUGCAUCCACAUAUUCACACCACAGUUCAUUCAGAUCAUUAUUAUGGUCAAUUCGAAUCAAUACGUUCAACGGCGGAGCAGUAUUAUCGCGAUUAUAAAAGUGUCGAAGGACAUCAACAAACGAACUAUUUCCGCGCGUUACAAGAUGUUCAUGCUGCAUUGAAUCUAUCGCUAUCAUUGGGCGGUAUAACGGUGUUUACACCUAUUACAUCAAGAAAAGAAUAUGACAUUGUCGUCCUGGCAGAGAACUUCGAUGAACGACUCAUUGAAGUAAUCUACACAAUUCUUCAAGGUUAUUUUAUCAAACUCAAACAGUACUCUUUCUCGUCAUGCCUGUAUUUACAGCCAUUGUCUUCAAAGACCGAUGAUCAGGGCUCUACACCGGUCUAUUUUCGCAUCAUUCCGCGCGGCCAAGCGUCUAGUUUAUUGUCGGAAGUUUCAAGUUUAGACUUACUUUCAAUUUACAAUGUUAACACACUCCCUGCUAAUCUCUUCGCUGAAGUGGCAACAUGGUUUAAGCCAAAAUAA